AUGACGCGGUCACAUUUUAAGCGACCAGCUACUCCAAUGGGAGGUGCAAUAAGCGACAGUGGCGAGUCAGACUGCUCGCAAAUGUCAACAGUAUCUCAAAAAUCGACGGUGUCUACACGUGCACGGAAGCGCACUCGGACGACGGAUACAUCUGAAAAGGCUUCAGUUGUAAACUUGCCUGGUGAAGAUAAAAACUCCUUGGAGAAGCUAACCAAGGAGAACGCAGAAUUGCGAGCACAAAUAGCUUGCCUUAAGGAAGCAGUUGUUGAGUUAAAAAACCAACUUAGCACACUGUCUCAGCAGGGAGAAAAGCCAGAGACACAAGCCUCAACUAGUGGCUUAGCACCAGAUAUUGUGGCUCAGCUCCGACGUUCCAUUGCAAUAGAGAUUGGAGGCAUGAUGGACGCGAAGUUGGCUGCUCUAGAGGAUAGGUUGUUGCCAGAGAAGAGGCUACGCCCAGCUCUCGCCUCGGAUGCCAGGACACCUGCGGUUUCUUCUCCUCCAGUUCAGACGGAGGCAAAAGCCAAUAAGAAGAAAAAGAAAAAGAAGAAAGGCCAAACAUCUACACCGGUUGUGUCAGAGUUGCCAGCGGUAUCUACACCCACUGUAUUGGUACCGAAUAGACAAACCGCGAAAGCAGUUUCCCAAGAAACUUGGUCGCUAGUGGUAGGCCGUAAAGCCAAAAAAGUAAAAACGCCGCAACCUGCUGACCUAUCUGCUCAGUCACGUAUCCACUCUGUGCAGAAAAAACAGCGGGUUAAACUGCCGAAGGUUCCUACUUCUGCAGCCAUUUCUAUAUGUGUGAAGGAGGGAGCAACUGUCGGCUUAGGAGAAGUAAUGUCAGUGGCAAGGAGACAAAUCAACAUUGUUGAAUUGGGUAUUACCACUGACUUAUUACGAGAGAAACGUGCCGCAGAUGGUGGAAUCGUGCUGAUGAUAUCAGGCCAGGACUCAGCCUCCAAAGCCGAUGGCCUUGCUACUCGUAUGAGAGAGGUUCUUGCUGACUUUGCAGUCGUGAUAAGACGGCCAACUAAAAUGGCAGAAGCACGGGUCAUGGAUCUGGACGACGCCAUAACUCCAGAAGAGGUUGUUGCGGCUAUAGCGAGGGUAGGUGGAUGUUCCGCUGAAGACGUCAAAAUUGGCGAAAUCCGGCGACCACCAACUUCCUUGGGUCACGUAUGGGUACGUGGGCCUUUGGCGGCUAUGAAGAAACUGGCGUCCGACAAGCGCAUGCCAUUAGGUUGGACGUCAGUUAGAGUUGAGGUACUGGAGCCACGUCGCAUGAUGUGUUACCGUUGCUUCGAACCAGGUCACGUUCGGAGUAGGUGCACUAGUGCGACGGACCGGAGCACUCAGUGCUAUGCCUGCGGUGGGGCCCACAAGGCUAGGGAGUGUACAUCUCAGAAUAUCCCAAGUGACGUCGGCUGCACCACUAGGUGCAGGCCCUCUAGAGGAAAUGGACACAUCACCUUCCCAGCCCUGAGAGUGCUCCAGUGCAACCUGAACCACUGCCGCAGUGCGCAGAAUUUAUUCCUGCAAACUGUCGCGGAAUGGUCAGUUGCAUUGGCGGUAGUGGCUGAGCCCUAUGGUCUCCAGGAUCACCCUCGUUGGUUUCGGGAUUCCGUUGACUCAGUUGCGAUUUACUGGGCUGGUGGAAGCGGUGGGCCUCACUGCUGUCUUUUAGAUAGCGGGCAGGGAUUUGUCGCUGUAGAGUGGGGACCAAUAGCUGUAGUGGGCUGUUACGUGUCCCCAAAUAUUUCGCUACAGGAAUACGAGGCAUAUCUGGAUGGAAUUGCGAAUUGCAUCCGGUGCAAAUGCUCACCCCGUCCGGUAUUAGUCUUGGGAGAUUUUAAUGCCCACUCUAGAGCAUGGGGUAGUACCCGGGACAGGCCAAGGGGCCACGCAGUACAGGACUGGGCGGCUUCACUCGACCUCCGAUUAUUAAAUCGAGGGUCUGUUCCCACCUGCGUCAGGUGGCAAGGGGAGUCAAUUGUAGACCUCACAUGGGCGACUCCUUCUCUUGCCUCUAGGAUAGUGGAUUGGAGAGUGGCUGAGGAAAUUGUCACACUUUCCGACCAUCGACACAUAGUGUUUGACGUAGCGACCAGUCUGGCCGAUGGUCGAAGUGGUGCAACUUCAAAUCCGCCGACACGACGUUGGGCCCUCAAAAAGCUCGAUAGAGAAAUGCUCAUCGCAGCUGCCAACGUCGUUGCCUGGCCAGAAGAGAGUUCGCAGGGGAUCUCGCCCGAUCCGGAAGGGGAGGCAGUCUGGUUCCGAGAUAAAAUGGCAUCAAUUUGUGACGCGUCUAUGCCUCGAAUCAGGUGCGGUCAGCGUCCGGGAGCGGCUUACUGGUGGUCGGCAGACAUUGCGCAUUUGCGUUCUGUCUGUCUCAGGCUCCGACGCCAGUUCCAGCGUGCUCGACGCAGAAGACAGCCGAGUGCUACUGAAGAGCAGAUAACCAGAGCCUACCGAGAGUACAGGGAUGCAACUAUGGCACUCCAGCGCGCCAUCUUAGAUGCCAAGUCUCGAUCCUGGAAAGAACUCCUCGAGGGGCUGAACAGGGAUCCUUGGGGAAGACCAUAUCGUUUGGUCAUGGGGAAACUCCGUCCGUGGGUACCUCCCCUUACGGAGACUAUGGAUCCGGAUCUGCUGGAAAGGGUGAUAAGCACGCUCUUUCCAGUAGUGAGAGACAGUCCCUCACUGCCCCUACCUUCAGACUGGUCCUCUGACUUGGGGGUAACCGAAGGGGAGUUGGGUCGAGCCGUGCGUCGAAUGAGUGUUCGUAAUACCGCACCUGGCCCGGAUGGUGUUCCUGGCCGAGUGUGGGCUCUGGUUAUGCAUGCUCUUGGGAACCGCUUGCGUCGACUGUUCGACAGCUGCCUCCAAACAAGCGUGUUUCCCAUUCCCUGGAAGGAGGCUGGAUUGGUCCUCUUGAAGAAGCAAGACAGGCCCGCGGAGUCUCCCUCUGCAUAUCGUCCCAUCUGCCUGCUCGACGAGGUUUCCAAGCUCUUUGAAAGAGUGAUUGCUGAAAGGCUCGUCGAGCACCUGUCGCGUGUUGGUCCCGACCUGUCCGAAUGUCAGUAUGGUUUCCGGCAGCAGCGUUCCACAAUAGAUGCGAUACUGCGCGUCCGCUCGCUGUCGGAUCAGGCAGUUUCUAGGGGUGGGGUUGCGUUGGCGAUAAGCCUAGAUAUCGUCAACGCUUUUAAUUCCCUACCCUGGAAGGCAAUCAGGGAGGCCCUAGUUCACCAUAGGGUCCCUCCUUAUUUGCAGAACAUUGUCGGGGCCUACCUACGUGACCGGCGCAUCCGCUAUGUGGGCCGGGACGGUAGCGUUCAGCAGAGGGAAAUUACGUGCGGAGUUCCACAAGGAUCGGUAUUGGGUCCUUUAUUGUGGAACCUCGCUUACGAUGCCGUCUUGCGUGUCGAUCUUCCCGCUGGCGUCCAUAUUGUGUGUUAUGCAGAUGACACUUUAGUUAUGGCCAGUGGGAAUACCUUCGAGGAGACCAUCCGGCUUUCAGAACUCGGCGUGGCAAAAGUCGUGGCCUCAAUUCACGAACUGGGCUUAAAGAUAGCGCCUCAAAAAACGGAGGCGCUGUGGUUUCACAAGCUGCCGAGGACCAGGGAGCCGCCCAGUUCGUCGGUACGAGUCGGAGAUGCGCAAGUCCAGGUAGGCAGGUACCUAAAGUAUCUAGGCCUAACCUUGGAUAGUCGGUGGGGCUUCGAAGAGCAUUUCGAACGCCUGGUCCCCCGAGUCGAGAAGGCAGUGGGUGCCCUGCACAGACUGCUGCCUAACAUUGGGGGACCUCGAGAAGAACACACGCUUGAGGAGUGCACAGCAUGGGAAUCUGAGCGGCGGGUCCUAGUUGCCAGGAUCGGGCGAGACCUGUCUCUGCCAGCAGUAAUUACAGCUAUGCUGACAGAGGCAGAAAACUGGAGAGAGGUGGCCUCCUUUUGUGAGACUGUAAUGUCCCAAAAGGAGGCGGCCGAGCGGGAUCGUGAGAGGGAUCCCACCCGUAGAAGGCGUCGAGGUGGCAACCGCCGCGGCGCCUAA